AUGAGGGAAAGUGGAUCUUAUUUAGAAAAACCUACUGAUGUUGCUGUACUCUCAAUCAUUCUUACGGGUACCAGUUUAACAUUGAUCUACACAUAUAAAAGGUAUCUAGCUCAAUUCAAAAGGACAAAUGAUAUACCGCGACGCAUAUUCCGCAAACGAUGGCUUUAUGGUAAGGUGACAUCUGUGGGUGAUGGGGACAACUUUCAUUUUUUUCACAUGCCAGGUGGUACCAGAGGUGGAUGGGGUUGGUUACGAGCCGUUCCACAAAUGAUCAAGAACGAUUCAACGGUAGAAAAGCUUGUUGGAGGUGAUGGAAACAUAAGUUUUUUCAAUUUAAAUUGGAUUAUGCAUAGGAAAUCUGAUAAAAAUAAAGUACAAAAAACCAAAAGCCAGUUUUUAAAGCUAAAUGUUCCCUACAAAAAUAGGAAAAACCUGCCAACUAUUCCUAUAAGGUUAUGCGGAAUCGAUGCCCCAGAAAGAGCACAUUUUGGUAAUCCAGCUCAGCCGUUUGGUAAUGAGGCAUUAAUUUGGUUACAAAACCGAAUACUGGGAAAAAAAGUAUGGGUUAAACCUCUGUCUAUAGAUCAGUAUAAUCGCUGUGUGGCUCGAGUGUCGUACUGGGAUUGGUAUGGUGGCUGGAAAGAUUUAAGUUUGGAAAUGCUUAAGGAUGGGUUAGCAGUUGUUUAUGAGGGAAAGGUGAACACAGAAUUCGAUGGUAGAGAAGACAAGUACCGUUAUUAUGAGUUUUUGGCCAAAUCAAAGAAAAAGGGUCUAUGGGUACAAAAUAAAUUUGAAACUCCAGGUCAAUACAAGAAACGUAUUUGA